GCGCUGCGCGUCCCACGUGCCAUCAUCCCCCGCGAGCUUCGUCCGUCUUCUCCGCUGCCCUUCAAGGUGCGAGCACGUUCAGUCUGCAGACGAGCCACCCUGCUAGCGAGCAACUCGACUCUCACAAGGCAGCCCUCUCAAUCUCGGAAACGCACCGGUUGCACCCGCAGCUCGCACCCAGGGGACGCCAAAGCGAGUCUCAUAGGUGAAAGGUCAACGCAGCACGGAAACAGCUCAAAGAUGACAUCGUCGGUGACCUUGGGAUUACUCUACGUGUGCGUCAUGAUUGCGUCCGUGUGGACGUUCCGGCUGCCGCAAUCCUGCAGUGGUCCACAGGACUGCGCCCAUGACGAAUGCUGCGUUGUCGGAAUGCAGCGCUACAGUGUGCCACAGUGCCAGAAGCUGGGCCAGAUUGGCGACACCUGCCGACCAUACAAUGUGCCAGAAAAUCGCUCCCUCUGGUAUCCAUACAACGGAGGUGUCCUGCAGCAGAACACUGACACUUACACACUGCUCUGCCCAUGUACGGGUGGGCUGCACUGCACAGCAGCCCAGUGCCAGCCAGCUACACUGGGAGACCACGUCGGCAAUGACCUCGCAGGCGUUUAUGAUGAAUACCAGUGAUGUGCACGCUUAGUCUUUUCAUGCCUGUGCUGUUAAUUCAAAUUUUUUCUCAUCUUGCCUUCCCUAUGUCCCUCCAGUCCACAGCACGGGUUGCUGUGCUCCGCAUGAACCGCACAACACCCAUCCUCGCGUGUUUGGCAACCCCACAUAUGUGUGUGGGCCUGCUACCCGCCAGAGGCGACACAUACACACAGACACAUAUGUGCAUCAUCAGCAGUAAUGAGGCUUCACUUUGACUAGACUUUCUCCAAAGGCAAGUGCAACAGCAUGGCGCCUGCUUGUAUGCUUAAUACAGCAUGAUCUCAACAUUUGCACUUUGGUAUUGUUGUGCAUAAUGCAUGGACCAAGCUAAACUGCCUCUGCUAUACCCACGCCAGCGCAGUAGCCUUAUUCUGGCCAAAUGACAGACACACACACAUAAGUGAGCAUUAUAGAGGGUUUGUUAAUGGCUUCCCAAAAAUUUGCUACCACAUGGCAAAUGUUUGAACUGUGCAGUGUGUGUGUGUCCUUGUUUUCAUUGUUACGGAGGUUGAGCACAAUGAAUGUCAUCAGGAUGCUACACACCAAACAAAUGCUCUAGUGCCAUUGCAUCUAAUACUCUGUCCGAUGGAGGACAGGGUAGCUUCACUGUAAUUAAUAUGCACCCAAUAGGGGAUAUCCACAAAAUCAAGUACCACCUAAUGGUAUAAGUGCCAGCCACUGAGGUACCUCGCCCACAGCACAACAAAGUUAAACUGAUCAGUCGACAAACUUAAUUUAUUCUGUCGGGUGUAAAAACUCCACAAAGAAUUUCUAAAUUCGAGCUUACGAUAGAGGUUUUUGCAAGUAGACUUUUAAAAAAAACACACUGCUGCCUAUUUCUGAGAAACGAGGGCUAUGUUAAUGAAAACUGCACUUUGGUCCCUACUAAAACAUGACUGCACCUAGAAGUGCAAGCAUGAGCAUGCAGAUAGACCAUACAUUUUUCACCUAAAAGCCUAGACACCUCAAAGUUCAUCAAGCCAUUUUGCCAAGUGAGGGGAAAAAAGUAAACUGUUGCAUCAGUACAUGUCUACAUAAAACAGAACACAAUUGCUAUGUAUAAUUAUAAAUAAGGCCAGCAUGUUCUCCAAAAAUAAACGGCUGCUGCUGCUGCUAAAUCGCGCAUAUGCUGUUUCACUUCUUGUGCACUCGUUUUCCAUACUCUCAUUAUGUGUUUAUCAAAGCCUCCCAUCAUAUGACUGCCUUGCAACUAUACUAUAGAAAAGGUGGCAGAUAUGGCCAGUUUUGCCAGAUCGCUAUGCAUCUUGAAUAUCCCUUGUAAUGUUUCCACGCUUGUGCAAUGCCCAGUGUGCUAGAUAAGGCUUUCCUUAAACACAUCUGUGCUUCAACAAGUGCUACCUCGCUACCUCCUUCAUCAUUUUCUAUUUGACACAUGCAGUAGAAGGUGAUAUCAUACUUCAACCUUGGUACCUUUUUGUCGUCGUGUGCUGCAGGACAGCACAUUUGACCUUUAGAAUUGCAAAUGUUGUUCAAGAAAAUAGAUUAAUUUUUCUGGGAUGCCCAUUACACAGGAUGCCCAUUGAAACACAUUUCUAUGCUGCAGCACACUUUAAUAGUUUGCACAUAUGCACUUUUUGCAUAACAGCUCAGGGGCGUGUAAUUGUAUGCUACAUAGGCAAGUUUCCUCCCAGCAGCAUGGAUCUCCAUAGAAAAAGAUUUACUAAGUUUGCAUAUCCAAAAUGCCAAUACAGAAACUAA